GCUUUGAGAAUGAUGAUCGCAUGCAAUGAUGACGAAAAAAAUGACUAGGUAUCCCCCCUUACCCCCGUCACUGUCCAUUUCUUGUUUUUAAAGGAUGAGGGAAGUGCUACACCUGGUGGAGAGAAAUUGUAAAACCGAAAUAAUUGUUUUAUGUGUGCUGUACGUUACGACAUGACACGUCACGAUGUAACGGAGGGUCAGUUUUUUCUACUUUUCUCCAAUACUAUAGAGCCAUUACCAUGUCGAUCAACGCUUGAAUAGAAACCUAGUUCACACCCCCGAUUUUGAAGUCAACACAGUCGCUACAGUCCCAUUAGUUUUCUUUGUAGCCUCGUUUGAAUGUCGUGGUUACGCACAUUUGUACGGAAUGGGCUGGACUUCUGAUUUCCACCCCGUCUCCUCUGAUCUGCCUGCAGACAUCCGACAGCCUUUUUCCAGCCUGUGAGCUGUCAAAGUACCCCUGGAAUCAAACGCCCAGCCAUCACAUCUCCAUGCUCUGGCAUGAUCAAAGAGGCACAGACAAGGCCAUCCGUGGAGAGGAGAGCCAUGUUCGAUUCCCAGACCGACCUGCCUGUGGUGCAGCUGGUGAGGGGUCAACUAAGGGGACAGCCUGAGGGGGUGAAGCAGGAAUACUUGGGCCUACCAGGACCACAUCCCCACCCCCAUACCUGGCCCCAGCAGCACCGGCCCUACCCCUACCCCUACCCUCCUCACCCUGCCUGUCCAACCCGGCCUGCCCGCCCUCCAUACCCAUACCCAUACCCGGGGGCCGACUACACAGAGCAGCAGCCUCCAGCCUGGUAUCAACCACACAACACAUGGAAGGUCCAGAGCCACCUGGAGGGCUCUAAGUUCCACCUGCACCAGGCCCAGAGUCAGCAGGUCAAGCAGUACCUGACGCUGGGUUCCAAGGUGGCCGGGGGACAUGGGGGCCACCCUCACCCCACUGGGCAGGGAGGGCAACUCCUGGGCACCGUUCCAGUGAUGAGGAACGGCCACAUGGCCCCCCUCAGCGAUGGCAGCACCCCCAGCAGCCCUGUUACACUGCUGACCCUGGCAUCAAACCAUGACAGUGAGUUUCCAAUGGAUGAAGUUAUUGAUGACUUGAUUAGCCUGGAGUCCGGCUUCAAUGACGGGGGCUUGGAUUGUAUGGAUCCCAGCAUCAUAAUGCAAAACAAUGUGCUCAGCAGCAGCAUGCUGGACAUCUAUGGGGGUGAACCAGAACAUGAAACGAGAGUGAUGGCCAAAGAACGACAGAAGAAAGACAACCACAACUUGAUUGAAAGAAGAAGAAGGUACAACAUCAACUACAGAAUCAAAGAACUUGGAACAAUGAUACCAAAGUCGAAUGACCCUGAUAUGCGCUGGAACAAAGGCACCAUUCUCAAGGCGUCGGUGGAGUACAUCAAGUGGCUGCAGAAGGAGCAGCAGCACGCCAGAGAGCUGGAGAACAGGCAGAAGAAGAUGGAGCAGGCAAACAGGAGGCUACUGCUCAGGAUCCAGGAGCUGGAGAUCCAGGCCCGUGCUCACGGCCUCCCCAACAUGGCCACUUCCCUGGGUACUGUAGAGCUCUCCUCCCACCUCCUCAAACAAAAACAGCAGCAGCAACAGCAGGGUCUCCAACCACCCCUGUACCAGGAAGAACUGAACGGGGAGUACCUCCAGAGGACAUCCAUGCCAGCCAUGGUCACCGGGGUUACAGACCAGGGUCAGGGGGUGGUUGAUGGCUCCACCACUUUCUCCGACCCGCUGUCUCACUUCACAGACUUCUUCAGCUCCACGCUCAAAGAGGAGCAACGGCUGGACGAGAUCCUCAUGGACAACCCGCUCUCGCCUUUCGGCACCGACCCGCUUCUCUCCGCCGGCUCGCCCGACGCCUCCAAGGACUCCAGUCACAGGAGCAGCUUCAGCUCGGACGAUGGCGACGAUGACCUAUGAUCCCUGACCCCUCAGCGACCCCACGGUGACCCCGUGUCAAAGGUCAAAGGACAAACAGCAGUUGGUCACCCUCACAAAGUGGUGCAGGGAUUUGUUCCAGCCCAGCACCAACAUAUUCGAUUCCACUGACCAGCUCGAAUCAUUGAGAACUUGGUUCGUGGGCGCAGGUGUGUUAGUGCUGGGCUGGAGCAGAAGCCUGCACACCAUGUGGCUCUCCAGGACCAGGGUUAGUUACCACUGGCACUCCCACUUUUUAAAAACUUUGGUCGAGAGUACAUACAGCACCUCUGCCUCGCAGACAGAACCAGACUCAUGAGAAAAAGGGAGAAAGACAAUCGGUCCAUACUGAUCAUAUGAUACUGCUCCACAGUGCAUUGAACACUGGGGUUGUUGAACACCACUGUAAACUAUAAAGACUACUUCACUGUACCUAUCAUGUGUCUUUGCGACAUGCCAAAAGAGGAUUGCUUCCUUUUCAGAGGUAUAGUAUUACUGUUAUUGUAUAAAAGGACUUUAAACCAUUGAGGUUCACUGAUGGGCCCUAUCUAGAGCUAGUUACUGGUGGUUCCUCUUCCAAACAGAAAUGAAAAUGGAACAGUGAUACUAGCUGAAAAAGCCUAACACGUCCUUCGUUCAUCUUUACAUUUAUUUUUAUAAAAUGUUGUAUGUAUUUAUAUGUGUUUUAAUCCAUGUAUUCCUAAAAAACAUCACAUUAUCUAACAUGCUCUCUUUUCUAUUGGUGGGGGUGGGGAAAAUAUA